CCCGGGGCCAGGUCGGCCCGAAUGGCAGGCAAGUGAGACGGUGGCGCUAAAGGAACAUCAUGGCAGUGUUUUUGGAGGCCAAGAAUGCGCAUGCAGUGUUGAAGCGGUUUCCUCGGGCCAAUGAGUUCUUGGAGGAGCUGCGCCAGGGCACCAUCGAGCGUGAGUGCAUGGAAGAGAUCUGCAGCUACGAGGAGGUCAAGGAGGUGUUUGAGAACAAAGAGAAAACGAUGGAGUUUUGGAAGGGGUACCCGAAUGCAGUCUACUCGGUCCGGGAUCCCUCGCAGAGCUCAGAUGCCAUGUACGUGGUGGUGCCCCUUCUGGGGGUAGUUCUGCUGAUUGUCAUCGCCUUGUUCAUCAUCUGGAGAUGCCAGCUGCAGAAAGCAACUCGCCACCACCCUUCCUAUGCUCAGAACCGGUAUCUAGCCAGUCGCGCUGGGCACAGCCUCCCCCGGGUCAUGGUGUAUAGGGGUACUGUGCAUAGCCAGGGGGAGUCCUCUGUGCAUCGUGAGGUGGGGGGCAACCCACAGGUAGUGCUGGGGACCAGCCGGGGAAGCAGAGCUACGGUCCGGCUGGAGAGUACCCUCUACCUCCCUGAGCUGUCUCUCUCCAGACUGUCCAGUGCCAGUCCUCCCCCGUCUUAUGAAGAGGUCACUGCACCCCAGGAGGGCAACAGUGAGGAGGCCAGUGUCUGUUACAGUGACCCACCUCCAAAGUAUGAAGAGAUAGUGGCUGCCAGCCCUGGCACAGACAAGUAG